UCAUGACAAUUUUAGCGUUUUUGAAAAAUCAGGACGGCCUCUCAAAAAUCAGGACAAAUCCUGAAAAAUCAGAACACCUGACACCCCUGAAUGAGUGCUGUGCUCAAAUGUCAAAUGUCUCGGAGUGUUUUUCUUUUCUGUUUUACAAACGUGAGUGCCGUUCUAAUUUCUGGGGCCGCGUUUGUGAAUAAAGAACACAAAUUUUGCUGUCAUCUUUUUUUAUCAUUGCCAAUUAACUGGUCCAAGUUUGUCAAUUCAUUGCCGCACAAUCUCAUUGUGUUGUUCCAAGCAGAACGCUGUUUAUUGUAAUCAAUAAAGGAGCAUUUUGUAGUCCAGAAAUAUCGAUAGUUUGCCAAUUAAAAAAAAAUACAGGUGCGGCACCUAAGCAAAAUUGCAGAAACCCAUUCCCCGGAUCAAAGCAAAACAUCAGCAUCCAGUUGAGGUAAAAUGGCGAAUAUGGCAGUAUCCCGAAUUAAGCGAGAAUUUAAAGAAGUUCUCAAAAGUGAAGAAAUUGUACAGUGUUCAAUAAAAUUAGACAUUGUGAAUGAUAAUUUCACUGAACUGCGCGGAGAAAUAGCCGGCCCCCCAGAUACGCCAUAUGAAGGAGGCAAAUUUCUGCUCGAAAUUAAAGUUCCCGAAACUUAUCCUUUCAAUCCGCCGAAGGUGAAAUUCAUCACAAAAAUAUGGCAUCCAAAUAUUUCAUCGGUCACAGGCGCUAUCUGCUUAGACAUUCUAAAAGACAAUUGGGCCGCGGCUAUGACUCUUCGAACGGUGUUACUUUCAUUGCAGGCUUUGCUGGCAGCAGCUGAACCGGAUGAUCCACAGGAUGCCGUGGUUGCUACUCAGUAUAAGGAUAACCAUGAAAUGUUUAUACUAACCGCCAAACACUGGACGAAUGCAUAUGCUGGUGGCCCAUGUCGAAACACAGACUUCGAUCAGAAAGUUCAACGACUCCGUGAUAUGGGUGUAGCCGAUUUUGAUGCUCGAGCUGCUCUCUCGAGGCACAACUGGCACUUGGAACGUGCAUCUGAGCAGUUGUUUAGUUAGUUCUCGUAGUUGUCUCUAGCUCAGAAGCAUACUUCACGAAGUUGCUGUUCCCGACUUGUGCGCAGUACCGUUUGUUUUAAAUAUUUCUUUUAUGCUUUUUGGUUUGUUAUGAAUGCCUACCCACAUGAAGCGAAAAUAAAAUAUAACUGAGGGAUUGAUCAAACUCGUAGUAAUAUAAAUUUCGAGAGUUGCUUUUAUCAAAAGAUACAUCAGUUUUCGCUAUCUAUAGCAUUGUUUCAUAAAAGACAAACAAAAUACUACCACUAAAGAGCUUGUGUUGUAGGAGAAUGGUGAUAUCAUUAAGAUGUAAUGGAAAAUACUGAAAAUAUAACAUUUUCCACACUCA